UCUCGUUGGAUCUAAUAACAAAAUCAGAAUCCAACUCCUCCAUUAUCAGAGGAUGUGAAGAAAAACCCGAAUGAACUUUCGGCAAUUACCAUUUUCAGAAUUCAUGAAGAAAAUUAGAAUAGAUCGAGAGACAAAAACACCUAAUCAACCAGCACUAGCCAUCGAUUACAAAGACAACAAACCGGAUCUUUAAAUCGAAGAACAAAAAAGUCAACGUUGCUAGAAAAUCGCCUCUCCUCGCCCCUUGACUUUUCUCUCUUCUUCUUAGCUCAACUAUACGUCCAGUAACCUACCCGUAACACCACCGAUAUAUGCCUUAACAUCUGAUGAUUCUGAUCGGAACAUUUUACCGCCAUCCUCUUAAUGAACAAUGCGUCAGCAUCUGAACCGAACAAUUCAACGCUAUCGCUACUACCCAACAACCACAAUACGCUGAAAAUCUGAGGCGGGAAAUAUGGCGGGUUUUAUUUUCCUCUUUAUUGUUAGAGAUGAGUCACCAAAUAAAUUUUUUGCGUUGGUCCAUGUCCGUAUAACCAUGCACGUGUAUCAAAAUCACUCAGAAAACCGUCGAUUUACUGAAUCUAACGUCUAUUAUCAUUUUCAAUCGUACUGAAUCUUCGACGCGUUUCAAGUAGUUAUUGAAUGUUUCCAUUAAAAUCUUAUGAUCCUCUUCAGAUCUUGUUACAACGUAGAGAAAAUCUCAGCAUGGAAUUAUGUAAAUUCUAUUUGAUCUAUCUCGUGAUUUUUUUAAGGAAGAUCUUUUAGGUUUUAAGGUUUAACAUUCGUAUUUUGUUGGUUUCAUCGGAUUCGAAGAAAACUUUGUAUGUUGUUGUCGGAUUUUCAGGGUCAUUGCAGAAAUGGUUAUAGAAAAUCCAUUACAGAUGUAUUCAGAUUUAGAGUUAAUGAAACGUAGAUAUAGAAAUGGCAUGGGAGGAGGAUCAAAUGGGAAUAACAUUAUAGAAGAUAGUUUAUCAAAAGAGAUUGAAUUGAUCAUGACGCGACGUGAGAGACUUGAAAAAGAGAUUGUUGAUAAACAAAGGGGUGCGAGUAUUUGUCGAAGUGGAAGCGCUCCACCAACUGUGGAAGGAUCUCUGAAUGCUUUUGAUAGUUUGUUUAGUACUAGGAACAAUUUUGAUGUUGUUGGUGGUGGAAUCAACAGGAAUGGGAAUAAUGGGAUGAAUUCACAUGGCAAUGUAAUUUCAUCUUCAGAAGAAGAGCUUCGUUCACAUCCUGCUUAUCAUUCGUAUUAUUAUUCACAUGAGAAUCAUAACCCUAGACUGCCUCCACCAUCGAUGUCAAAAGAAGAUUGGCGGAUUGCACAAAGGGUACAAGCAUUUGGUGGGAUUGGAGAUAGGAGGAAAGAGGAUUUGAUUAGGAAUUAUAGCAGUAAAUCACUCUUCUCAUUGCAGCCAGGUAGUUCGGCAGAAAAUGGGCAAACAGAUUUGGUGAGAGUUAAAUCAAGGAACUUUGCUGAUCAACAACCUUCUGCAGAAUGGCUUGAGAGGGAGACAGAUGGUCUAAUUGGUUUGGGAUUGGGGGAAAAGAGGAAGAGUCUCGCCAAUAUGAUCCAGGAAGGACUUGGUGAACCUACACCGAUAUCAGCUCAUCUCUCACGCCCAGUCAGCCGUAAUGCUUUCAGCGAUGUUGAUCCAAUGGGUACUCCUGAUUCUGAAGUGACACAAAUGCACAGUGGAUUAAACUCUAUAGAUGGCACACAUUCCAGGAGUACUACCCCCGGGCUAGUCAGGGUUCAUAGUUCUGGAUCAUCCCUUUCUCAUACAUUUGCAUCGGCUGUGGGUUCAUCUAUACUAAAAAGUACUACCCCUGAAUCUCAUCUGGCAGCCAGGGCUGUUGGACCUGGUUUGCCUCCAGUAGGAGGAACAGGUAGUUUAGUGGACCAAAAAAAUGUUCUUGACACAAACACCUUCGAUGGUCUUCCUUCAAGCACUGAGGAUCGUGCUUCCAUUGCAGCUUCUUUGUCUGGUUUAAGCCUGUCUAAAACUAGACUUGUAGAUGAAGUUGGUCACGACCUAUCUCAGCUUAAAUGGGAAUUUGAUGUCCAGCCUAGUUUCUAUAUUGGUAUGCCAAAUGAUCAUAGUCAGAGCCUGCAGAAGCAUCUCGUCAAGAAGACUGAGGCCGUAACACUGCCAGUUCCUUCCAUAUACAAGGAGUUGGCAAACAAAAACGACAAUCUCACAGAUGUUUCUGAGAUGAAUAGCAAUGCGCUCAGAAAAGGAACAUCUGCCUCUGCUAAUGUGUACAAGAAAGGACCUUAUGCUGGGUCUGCAAGUUUUGACCAAGCUGUUCGCUAUCAGAGUACAGAUAUGCCAGAUAGGAGCUUGCCUGGCCAUAUGCCUGAGACAUAUCCCAUCAAUGAUGGACAUGAUUCAGUUAAUCAUUUCGAUACAGGUGCAAGUUUUAUUAGCAGUAUGGGACGGAGUCUAGAUGGAAACAGAAAUCAAGUGAGGUCUGGCCCUCAGGUCCCAAUUUUGGACCCUCUUUAUGUACAGUGUAUGCAAAGAGCUUCUGAUUACACAGCACAGGCUGCAACAGACCCUUUUUCAGGAAGGAAUUAUUCACAUGUAGAUAUGAUUGCGCUUCAUAGGGCUUAUCUUGAAGCACUAAUUGCCCAACAGAAUCCCUAUGGCAUGCCAUUUUUGGAUAAAUCUAGUAGUUUGACUCAUCCAUACUCAAGGAGUCCUUCAUUUGGUCACAGCAUGAAACAUUCUAGAAACCUAAUGGCCAGAUCUAUUCCUUCAGUGGUAUCUGGAAGCCCCAUGUUACAGAAUCAGAGGAUCUCUAGUUUCCCUUCUAUGUUGAGGGGCACAACUGGAGGAGCUCUAGGAUCUUGGCUCUCUGGUGAUGGUGAAAAAGUAGAAGAAAGCUAUGGAUCAUCCUUAUUGGAAGAGUUCAAAACCAACAAAGCCAGGAGUUUUGAACUCUCGGAAAUUGUUGAUUAUGUGGUUGAAUUCAGUGCGGAUCAAUAUGGAAGUCGAUUUAUCCAAACAAAACUAGAAAGUGCCACAGUUGAGGAAAAGAACAAGAUCUUCCCAAAGAUCAUCCCUCAUGCUCGUAAUUUGAUGACCGAUGUCUUUGGAAACUAUGUCAUACAAAAAUUUUUUGAGCACGGCACAGAAAGCCAAAGAAAGGAGUUGUCUGACCAGCUCACGGGUCAUGUUUUGCCGCUGAGUCUUCAAAUGUACGGUUGCAGAGUGAUUCAGAAGGUUUUGGAGGUGGUGGAUGUGGAUCAGCAGACUCGUAUGGUGGCAGAGCUUGAUGGUUCAAUUAUGAAAUGUGUUCGUGAUCAGAAUGGUAACCAUGUCAUACAGAAGUGUAUCGAGUGUGUCCCUCAAGAUCGGAUUCAGUUUAUUAUCUCAUCCUUCUACGGGCAGGUUGUGUCACUCUCCACGCAUCCGUAUGGCUGCCGUGUCAUUCAGAGAGUCCUUGAGCACUGUGAUGACAUAAAAACACAACAUAUUAUAAUGGAGGAAAUCAUGCACUCUGUUUGUACUUUGGCUCAAGAUCAAUAUGGAAAUUAUGUUGUCCAGCACGUCCUGGAACAUGGGAAGCCACAUGAACGAUCUGCAAUAAUCAACAAGCUUAGUGGGUUGAUAGUAAAAAUGAGUCAACAGAAAUUUGCCUCCAAUGUUGUGGAGAAAUGUUUAACUUUUGCGGGUCCUGAAGAGCGGCAAGUUUUGGUAAAGGAGAUGCUUGGCUCUACUGAGGAGAACGAACCUUUGCAGGCAAUGAUGAAAGAUCAAUUUGGGAACUAUGUUGUUCAGAAGGUUCUCGAGACUUGCGACAAUCAUAGCCGUGAGUUGAUUCUCUCACGGGUGCGGGUCCAUUUGAAUACUCUCAAGAGAUACACAUAUGGCAAACACAUUGUUGCUCGUGUUGAAAAGCUCGUAACCGCUGGAGAAAGAUGUAUAGGGAUGUCAUCCCUGUGUUCUGCAUAAGUCUUGCAGCAGAGAUACAUGAAGAAUAAAUGUGAUAAAAGAUACUGUACAGCUAACAAGGACAGCGGUUGUACAGGGAUGUUUACCUGGGUCUUUGUUUUCCAUUGGAAAUCGCAUUGUAGAUAAGAAAAAUAAAACAAAAAAUAGUAUGCCUCAAUGAAAAAAGAGUCCGCUUGUUUCCCUCUCCCAAAAUGUAUAAAUAGCAGGCUACCGUAUUGGAGGAUGAAGUAGCGGAAUACCCUAUGGGAGGUAUCUUUAGGAAUGUGUAGGAAAUUGAGAGUACAGAAGCAGGUUUCUUUGUAGAUGGUCUGCCUUAGAGAGAUGAAAUAACAUAACAAACAAAAAUGUACAAGUUCCGUAAUGUGUUCAAGAGAUCCAGAGCUUAAUGGGCAAAUGGAACUGUACAUUUUAGCCCGAGUAGAAGAAGUCUGCCUUUUUGUCGCGUUUUGUCUUUCUGACUUCGGGAGUUUUCAGCUUUUUAUUUAAAUAUAUGAAAUUUAUGCUUUCUUGCUUUAGAUACGUUGUUGUAUUGCUAGUUUUCAAAGUAAAAGAAAUUCCAAGAGAAGAUCAAGAAUUAUUCUAUUUUUGCA